GAGUCUCUUGGUAUAUCCAAGUCCAAUAAAUCUAAGCUCAUGGAAAGGACGAGGAAAUGUUUUGAUUCCUACCGAACACUUGAAUAUGAACGACAUAGACAGCUAGAUAUGGUGGAUAAAAUGCUAUCCAAAAUUUAUAUAAUGUGUUUUCCCACAAGCAACCUACUUUUUUUUCCCCCCCUUCUAAAUGCGACAUAAUUCAAUUAAAUGCAACUCUAUAUGAUACUAAACCCACCAAAGAAAUAUAUAUAUUUUUUUGGUUGAAAAACAAAGAAAUUAAUUUCUUGACUAAACUAAUCUUUGUUUUUGCUUGAAUUUUGACUUCAUUAAUCUCAUAUGCAGAACUCAUUAUCACUAAUAUUCUAACCCACGCCAGUGGCCUGAACUGACCACCUGGCAAUUUGAAACACGUAAGUCUUAUAUGAUCUCCUCAUAAUUGUCCAUUAACAUAAGCAACCUCUAACCAGGGGGGCUGAGAUGAAGAUGAAGAGCAUCCAUGGAGUUUCCGGCUCAAUUCUCGUAGUCUCUGCUUUGUUACUAUUGACUGUCAAUGCUCGCCCAGUACGGCAUGGCUGUUCUAAUAAUCACCUCGUGCGGGAUGGUAUUGAGAAAGCUGAUCUCCUAUGCCUUAACCAAUCUUCUGAUUCGCUGCUCACUCUACGACGGACAGAAACCAAAGGUGCCAAUGCUAGUAACGAGUCUAACGACGGUUCGGUGUGUGAGCAGAUGUAUGGAUUCCUGCCUUGCUCAAACAGCAUGUGGGGUCACCUUUUUCUGAUAGUGGUUUAUGAGUACCUGCUGUUCCAUGGGGAGUCAUAUGUUGCCUCAGGAAGUGAGCAGAUAUUUAAGCUGCUUGGCCCCGGUAUUUUCGGUGCCAGUGCGUUCCAUGUCCUCGGUGCUCUUCCAGAGUCCUUGAUCCUCAUAGCUUCCGGGCUUCUGAACAGUGAAGAAACAGCUCAAGAGUACGUAGUUACGGGAGUAGGCUUAUUGGCGGGAUCAUCCAUUUUGCUGUUAACGUUGCUUUGGGGAACCUGUAUUGUCCUUGGCAGCAGAGACUUCUCCAGCGGGAUGGAAUCAGGGCCUCACAUGUCUCCCCGAGCUUCAAAUUCUGUAGAACUAUGGAUCAAAAAGCUAUGGACGUUAUUGACAGUUACAGGUUCAGGAGUAACAACUGAUCUGGAGACUAGCUACACCGCUAGGAUCAUGGCAUUCUCUGUGAUCCCGUUCGCAAUUAUCCAACUCGAGAAAGUGUUCCCAGUACCUUCUGAACAACGAGCUGUGAUUCUCUCCACUCUCAUUAUUUCAGUUGUCUUGCUCAUCCUGUAUUUCAUUUAUCAGAUGUUUGAGCCUUGGAUUCAGAAGAGAAGUCUGGAGUACGUGAAACAUGAGCAACUCAUACUGAGGAUCUUACAGCAUGUCCAAAAACGCACCUUAGAGAGACUCCUCGCAGAUGACGGUUCGCCAAACACUGAUGCUAUAAGGAGGUGCAAUCUUCAUGUAACAAACUUGAUCACUUUCGGAAUUGAUAUUCUAAUGAUGAGUUGUAGUUGUUUCAUUUGCAGGCUAUUCGAAGAGAUAGACCAGGACAAGGAUGACCGGAUUUCGAAGUCUGAGCUGAAGGAGCUGCUGCUUGAGAUAAAGUUCAAGCACAUUCACAUGAACAGGGACAGGGCAGUAGAAGAAGUCAUUAGAGAAAUUGACCUCGAUGGUGAUCAGAUGAUAGGUAAAGAGGAGUUCGUGAUAGGAUUCACUAAAUGGCUCGAGCAGGCAAAGACCGCAAUGGAUAGGGAACUGUACUCGAAGCAAUCAUUCCGGGACUUGUACCGGGUAUUUCAGCCUUUUAUUCAGAAGAAGAAAGAAGAACGCGAACUAAAGAAGCAUCUUGUAUCGGACAUGUUAACGCAUAUGGAGAGCCAAAGUUCAGUUGGGACCCUUCUAGCAGAGGAUGGCACGCCCGAUUUACCAGCUAUUAAAAGACUGUUUGAAGAGAUGGAUCGUGAUGGAGACAACUGCAUCUCACAGGCUGAACUAAAGGAUAUAAUGGUCAAUGUUAAGUUCGGGAAAGUUCCUAUUGAAGUAGACGAAGCUGUUGCUAAGACUAUUGAGAUGUUCGAUACAAGUGGGGAUCGUGUGAUCGACGAGGAAGAGUUUGUCACUGGAUUGGCCAGGUGGUUCGACACUAGUGGAACCAACAAGGAAAUUCAAACUCCAGAGUCACGCGAAACCCACGAUGAAUUCUACCAAAAAGCUUGGGAGGAGACUGACAAGCUGGUGGAACUUGACAAGAAAGAGAGCAGAGAUGCUAAGCUAUGGUGGAUAUGGGCAAAGUCGAUUGCUCUGCUGCUGCUUGGAAUCACGAUAUUGGCCAUUCUAGCAGAACCUUUAAUACAUAGCGUGCAGCACUUCUCAACGUCCGUGAGCACUCCUUCUUUCUUCAUCUCAUUCAUUCUGGUCCCAUGGGCGACAAAUGCUAGAGGAGCAGCUGCUGCCAUGAAAGCUGCACGGAGAAAGAAGCCGAGGACUACUUCCCUCACAUUCUCUGAGAUAUAUGGAGGAGUGUUCAUGAGCAAUGUCUCUGGGCUGUGUGUCCUGCUGUGCCUUAUAUAUGCCCGGGGCUUGACCUGGAAUUUCUCGGCUGAGUUUCUUGUGGUCCUAAUAGUCUGUGCUGCCAUCGGCAUAAUCGCAAGCUUCCGGUCCACCUUCCCUCUAUGGACAGCCGGUUUGGCGUACUUGUUGUAUCCUCUGUCCCUCCUCACUGUCUAUGUUCUUGAGGACCAUUUCAAUUAUUCCUAGAUUUUUCAUAAAUAUUGAAAAAGAUAAAGAGAAAAGGAAGAACUAUGUGACGUUGGUAGGUGGGUAGGUUGGGGGGUGGUUUGGGUUGAUGUUUUUAUUGUCUGUUUUUCUGAAGAUGUAAAGUAUUUUUCCAAUUAAUUUUAUGAUUUUUCUUUUUUGAUAAGUUAAUUCUCGUAAUAUAUGGGGGCUCGGGGACACGUACCAAUGUGAGCCCGACAAGAGCAUGGGUCUGGCUGGUCAGGGACUUUCCGAGCAUCAAGAAGGUCAGGCUCAGCGGGCAGGCAGCCCGGCAUUCUUUGCCCUCGCGGUUAUGCUUUGUA